AAUACAGUAAACCUCCUAGUACUUUUUCCUCACGGGAAACAGGAGUAUUAAUGGUACUCAGCUGAUAGUAGUUGUAAGCCCUAAAGGGUAGUUUGUACAGCACCUGGCACCCUGACCCCCGCAAGUGUUAGUGCAGUUCUUCAAAAUGUUUGAGCUGUUUUCUCAAACAUCAAUUCAGAGAUUUUUAGAAAGCCUUUUUAUUUUAUUUUUAUUUUGAAAUAGUUUUACAAUUACAGAGAAGUUGCAAAAGUAGUACAGUUCUCUCCAGCUUUAAAGUGAACACCUUACAUAACGAUAGUACAAUUAUAGAAGGUUAGCAAGUAUCAUUGGUACAAUUCUAUUCACCAAGCUACCACCAUUUUUCAGAUUUCAUAAUUUUUUAUCCUAACGUCCUUUUCUUUCUGUUCCAGGAUCCAAUAUAAGGUCCCAUAUUGCAUUUAAUUGGAAAUAGUCGACUCCUUGGUCUUUUCCUGUCUUUCCUCCCCUUGACACUUUUGAAGUACCCCGUCAGUUAUAAGGUUUUCUAUGUGAGUGGAGAAGACAGUCGCUGCAAGUAGAAGUGACACAGCAUUUUUUUUUAGGAUGUCUGAAGAUGAAGAAAAAGUGAAAUUACGCCGUCUUGAACCAGCUAUACAGAAAUUCAUUAAGAUAGUAAUCCCAACAGACCUGGAGAGGCUAAGAAAGCACCAGAUAAAUAUUGAGAAGUAUCAAAGGUGCAGAAUCUGGGAUAAGUUGCAUGAAGAGCAUAUCAAUGCGGGACGUACAGUUCAGCAACUCCGUUCCAAUAUCCGAGAAAUGGAGAAACUUUGUUUGAAAGUCCGAAAGGAUGACCUGGUACUUCUGAAGAGAAUGAUAGAUCCUGUUAAAGAAGAAGCAUCAGCAGCAACAGCAGAAUUUCUUCAACUCCAUCUGGAAUCUGUAGAAGAACUUAAGAAACAGUUUAAUGAUGAAGAAACUUUAUUACAGCCUUCUUUGACCAGAUCCAUGACUGUUGGUGGAACAUUUCACACUGCUGAGGCUGAAGCCGAUCCUCAGAAUAUGACUCAGGUAUAUGCGUUGCCUGAAAUUCCUCGAGAUGAAAAUGCUGCAGAAUCAUGGGAAACCUUAGAAGCGGACUUAAUUGAACUUAGCCAACUGGUCACUGAUUUCUCUCUCCUAGUGAAUUCUCAGCAGGAGAAGAUUGACAGCAUUGAAGACCAUGUCAACAGAGCUGCUGUGAAUGUUGAAGAGGGAACCAAAAACUUGGGGAAGGCUGCAAAAUACAAGCUGGCAGCGCUGCCUGUGGCAGGUGCACUCAUUGGAGGAGUGGUAGGGGGUCCGAUUGGCCUCCUGGCAGGUUUCAAAGUGGCAGGAAUUGCAGCUGCACUUGGUGGUGGGGUGUUGGGCUUCACAGGUGGAAAACUGAUACAAAGAAAGAAACAGAAAAUGAUGGAGAAGCUCACUUCCAGCUGUCCAGAUCUUCCCAGCCAAACUGACAAAAAAUGCAGUUAAAAACCAAACGUCAGCAUUAUUGGCGCCAACGUGUCUAUCCUAAUGAGGACCUUUGCUGCUGUUGGACACUCAGUCAGCUUUUGGAACAUGAUUAUGUCAAGAGAGUGGCUAUAGAUGCUCAAAUGGGAUUGAACUGUGCUAAGUAGAUAUAUUUUGUUGUUUGCUGGAGUGUUAGGGAGACCUUAGAGAUCGAGGAGCCUGGGCUGAGGGUGUGUAAUGUCAGGUAAAGUUUAAAGACUGCCAAGGACCAGAUUUUCUGCCUAGAAAUGUAAAAAAUGAAUUUUUAACUUUGAUAAGGACUCGAGAUGUGUGGACAUGAUGGGUUAUGGAAGGCUGGUGUAUUCCAUAACCCUGACUUGGAGACCCUAAGACUAACUGUAUUAUAAAUAUGCUUAUUGAUCUCCUAUAUGUAGGAGGUUAUUUAGGCCUGUUAACAAAGAAAAGAAUGGGGAGCUCAAGAGCCUUUCUUAUCAAAUAAGGAAAUCAGGAUCUAGUGAGGGGCACAGGUGAACCACAUAAUGGAGUCCAUUUGGUGAACCCUAUUACAGUUUGGUCCACCUGUAUUUUCUGGUGAAGGACACUAAUAGUGUAAGAAAAUGGAAAGAGAGGUGCAGCUUCUCUUUGAGAUACCUUAAUUUGUGACACUGGCUUCUUUGAACUCUUCCUUCUAUCUUUUGAAAUAAAGAACACAGAAUCUCAAGUGAUAGGAGACUAUUAAGCCAAGUCACUAAGCUUGGUCUGUCAGCCUGUCUCUUAACAACUCAAAGAUCUAGUGCCCUCUGCCUUCCCUCCCUUGUAAUUCUGCAAAGUUCUUUGACUUGUGGGGUGAAUUCUACCCAUGUGUAAUGAGGACUUUUCUCCUAAUCUGCUUUCUUGUAUUGUCUCCCAUAUCCAUUCAUCCUUUCCUAUAACCUCUAGAUAAAAGAGAGAAAGAAAGGAAAUCUCCAAUAUUUCCAGCAUUGUUAGAGUUUGAGGUAAAAAAUAAGCAGGUGGCAGGGGGUACCAGAUCAUUUCUUGGGGCAUCUUAAAAUUUUAAGAGACUGAUGUACCGGCCAUGCAGGGAAUUUCUGUCCCUAAGUCUUUUCAGCUGGCCUUUUGGGGAGCUAAGAACUAGCUUUCUACCUCACUUCUGUUAACUACCAUCCUUUUCCACAGGCUUUGCUGUCUCCUAUGCUUUACUUUUCCCAGCUGUUAUCUCUUCCCAGGAGUGGCGUUCUUGCUCACCUUUCCUCAUAUUCAAGAUGAUAGACAAAGCCUGGUGCCAAGAGUGAUCCUGAUGAAGGAUUUGUGGUGCUAAUCCCAACACUUCACAUUGACAGCAAACAUGGCCCAGCCCAACCCAAAUAACAAAAAGGUUUUAAUUUUGUGAAAAAAGAAUUGAAAAUCACAGGUAGCCUCAUCCUGUACCCCCAGUUCAUUUGAAAUAGGAAAGAGCCACCUUUUGCCUUAAUCUUUACUGUUUUCUGAGAGUAGAGGAAUGGGCACCUGUACCACAAAAUGUGUGAGCUCAGGAGCCAAACAGAUUCCUCAGGUGGUUGACUGCUUAUCUUUUCUCUCUUGUUGAGUUAUUCUUAAUAAUUUUUAUUAUUUGCUUGCUACUUUUCUUUGUCUAAUAUAGCCAGACUUUUCUUUCUUACACUUUUUUUUUUUUUUUUUUUUUUUUACUUUUACCAAUGAAUUCUAAUGAAGAGAAAGCGUCAUUUCUUACUGGCAUUAAAUAACUGGAAAAUAUCAAGUAUUGCUAUCUGCGAAUUAUAUCUUCAGUAUAAUGCCAAGAAGGAAGUGCCUUGAAUAAGUGUCCAGUUCUGAUAUGGUAUUUGAUACUGGAUACCUGUAAGGCUAGGAUAAUUACUUUCGAACUCCACCUUUUAAAAUAGUUUCUGAUCUUCGCUGUCCCUUUAACAUGGGGUAUUCAAACCAGAAUGAGGAUCAGACUCAUGCAGGGUGCUUUUUUAAACAAGAUUGCCAAACUUCAGUCCCAUAGGGUAACUCUAACAAUAGCCAGUCUGGCCUGGUCAGCUAAAACAAAGAAUUUAAGAUACAGUUCCAUCAAGAUUCAGCUGUAAUUAUUGAAUUCUGUAAUUUCUGAGUAUUCUUCCCUUCAACAUGGCCCAAUCUUCCUUGCUCCAUAUCAUUCCCACUCUGCCAACCCACAAUUGGCUAUGCUUUUUAGCCCACCAUCUUUUUUUUUUUUUUUUUAAAGGUUGAUUUAUUUAUUUUAGAGACAGCGUGAGAGGGAGGGGCAGAGCGAGAGGGAGAGAGUCUUAAGCAGACUCCAGACUGAGCACAUGGAACUUGAUGCGGGGCUUGAUCUCACAACCCUGAGAUCAUGACCCGAGCUAAAACCAAGAGUUGGUUCCUUAACUGACUGUGCCACCCAGGUGCCCCUACCUUUAGCCCACCAUCUUAAUGGCCCUAGGGACUUAUUAUCCUGUCAGGCUAGUUUAACACUGGGAACUGGAGGAGAGAGGAGGCCUGUAAUUGAAGUUUAUAUUUUGUUUGAGGAUCUCUCAUUUUUCAUCAGCCAGUUUGGGACACCACUGUAUGUGCUCAAAUAGGCCUUUUGAUUUUUACUACUCAUCAGGAUUGGAAUAUUACCCUACCAGCCUUCAUGCUCAGGCAAAUUUUAGUUGUUUUAAAAAGUCUUAUAAUUUAAAACCAUUUAGAAAUUCUGCCUAAUUUCCCUGUAAUAGAAUCUAAAAGCUAACUUUUGGUAGAACUUUCUAGAAGUGUUUAAUCAACUAUAACAAACUAUCAAGUGUUUAGAGGUAUGAAUUAAUUAAUAUGACACAGAAACCAAUCUUAAACUGAAUUUAAUGCCCUAGAGUAUCAGAUUAAAUUCAUCUCCUCCGUGAUUCAUGUCUUAUUUUUAAUACAUUCAAGUUAGAAGGUUAAGGGUUACUUUGGUUAAGUUCUUAAAAUUUACAGAGGUACAAACUUCCAGUUAUAAAACUAAAUCACAGGGGGGAAAGUGCGGAAUGAGGGGGGUGGUGUAUAGCAGUCCAUUGGAAUAAAGGCAGUGCUCCUAAGACCUUUUUUGUUUUUCUAAAGACUUUGUGAUAUAAUAAUCUGAGAAUUUUUCUGUAGAGCAUACUUUCAAACUUUGUGGUUGUAACCCACAGUAAAAAAAUGCAUUUAUAUCAAAACUCAGUUUACUUAUAAUGGAGAAUACCAUUACGUAUAGUGUACUCCAAUAUUUUUUAUUUCAGUUUUUAAAAUAUUGCUGGUUGCAACCUACCAAAUUGAUUUCAUAAUCUACCAAUGGGUUGUGACCCUUUGUUUGAAAAGAAGAAAACACCCUAUGGAGAAACUGAUAUUUAUUGAAUAUCUUCUGUUUUCCAGGCACUUCAUUAGGCAUUUUACAGGUAAGGAAACUGAGUCUCAGAGAAGUUAAAUGACUUACAGCUGUGAAAUGUUGAAGCCAGGGGGAUGUUAACUGGGUCUCUUGAACUACAAAAAUUUGUUACUCCCCCACUAUGCUACUUCUGUACAUAAAAUUGAGGUGGGCCAUUCAUCCUGCUUCACCCAAACACCAGUAUAUUCUGUAAGGCAGGCUUGCUGUGAAAUUACAUGUGCGUUUGCAGUUUUUUGUUUUUAAUCUUUUCAGGAAGUGUCCUGCAGCCUCAAAGUUUUUAAUAGUGGCUGAUGCAGAAGUACCUAGUGCUGAAUUUGGUCCUUAUACUGUAAAAUUAAAAAUGCUUCUAACCCACCUACACGUCCUACAAAUUUCCUUGUAUUCCAUGGGUUAUAGCCAUCUCUUCCACAAUGCUUUUUGUAUUAAAAAUGAAAUUUUUUUUUCUUAAAUCUAUCAUAACUCAUAGAAUCAAAUGAUUGCUAUCUUUUAAAAUGGUACUCUUGGGAAGUCACAUACUUACUCUAGUGACACUAGUAUUAGAACAUUUUUGAAACUUUUCUUUUGGAAUUGCCUCCAAAGACAUUUUGCAAAGUAAAUAGAAGAGCCAUCUCAGUGUGUAUUAGUCACCGAUUACACCCCCUUGUCCUUAUGACCUCUCCUCUCUUCCAUUCUUAGUUUUGCUUUUCUUCUGAUGGUUUUGCUCUCCUGCUUCCCUGUGCUGGAGCCGAUAACCUACAGGUGCCCAGACAGGGGGUAUGCUGGCCAGAGCUCCUGGAGCAAGAACUUUUAGUUUAUACUGAAGCUGAAUGCUGUAAAGGGAGACUCCUGCAAGUCUAAAAACCUAUCUCUGUGGGCUGCCUGUGCCAUAAGUAGUUUGCACAGGAGUAAGGACUGAAUACUGGUCAUACUAGUCACAGGAAGGUGAGGAAACCUGAAAUGUAAGUAUGAAUUGUGCAGCAUUUCUCUGCAGUGAAGAACAGAAACUACACCAAGCCAUGCUUUGUGUUAACUUAAAACUGAAAGGUGUUUCUCAGGGUCUCCUUUGCCCUUCAUUGCUGCCACAUAAAAUCUGGGAGAAAGGAUGAUGAAAAGCCUGGGGGAAAGGUUCUCCUGUGAAAUGGAUGUGUUCUCUAAAGGUACCAUGUGACUUUAGCUCUCUGGUACUUAAUGAAUGUUAGAUAAUGUUUGUAAGGAACCAUAGGACUAAUAAAAGGUAGGAAAGCUUCCCUGGGAGCCUAAAUUAAUGUAAGCAGUUUAGGUUCUGUUUGUGUUUUUAACAACAUUUUGUUUCUAACAGGUGGUUCUUGCUAUUUAUAUUCAUUAAUUUGACACCAUUUUACAGAGGAACUUCUUCAGUAUUAUAAGCAAUCAAUGGCAAAAGAUGAAUAUUAUUGUCCACAUUGCCACUCUCAAAUUAUAUUUGGAGAUAGAUAUAUCUGUGCAAAAUUAACAAAAGAAAUAAAUUGAAUAAAAAAAUAAAUUGAAUAAAAAUGAUUUGCCCAAGAUCAAAGCUAGUUGGCACAACAGCUAGAAUUAUACCAAGGUCUAAGAAAAACAAAAACCCUCAAAGUAAUUCAACUGAAGUUUUGUUCUGCCAUCCCAAGUUGUAUGCUGAGGCUUACGGUCUUUCAGACCAGCUAAAAUUCCAGAUCAGGCAGUGGCUAUAGUGAAAAGAAAAUUGGAUGGGGCAUCAGGAGAUCACAGUGCUAAUUUGGGCUUUGUCUUUCCCCUGAUAAGCUUUUUUUCUCAGUGGUGGCUGCCUUCUCCUAUUCCAGUCUGGGAUUUGCCAACCAUAAACCUCAGUGGUUAGCAACUUGACACUCUCCAUUCUUCAUAUGUAACUUCUUACUGGCUCCUGUCAGUUCUACUUUGAAUGUUAGUUGCAUCUAUUUCUAAAUAUGUUCGUAGUCAUCACUCUAGUAAAAGACUGUGUUACCUCGCACCCCCUACCUCACUUCCUCCAACUUUAAGCCAUUCCUCACAUCAGUGCCACAAUAAUGAAAACUAGGUCCCUUGGCCAUUUUUCUGCUGAAAUAUUUCAUCAGUGGCUCCCCUGAAUACUCGAUAAAGUUCAAAACACUUAGGUUAGCAUUCACAACUUUCCCUAUUCUGGCCCUAGCUUUAUCUCUUCAAACUCAACUACUCACCAACUGACAGUGCCAUUGAGAAUCAGACAUUCCAUAAAAAAGACUUUAAGGUUUGGUUUUUUCUUCCCAUGGUGAAAUUAUAAACUGGUAAUAAACUGUUUACAUUUGAAAAAUUCUGUAGUACUGCAUUUUACACAACUGAUCAGCCUAAAAGUUGUUUCUUAAGGAAAAUCUUUUGUCCCCCCCAGAAGAAAUUACAUUUAAUUUAUUAACCCCUAAAACUGUCAGUUUUGUCACCUGUGCAUCUGAUAGCCAGAGCAUGGGGAUUUCUCUUCAGCAGCAUAGAUACUCCAGCCUUGAAUGGACCAUUGUCUAGCUCCUGUGAGAAACCUGACUAAUAAAUAUUUGAGAAAAACAACUCAAGAAUAUACUUUAUUCAUACAUUUCUCAAGUACUUGAGAUUUUGUUGUAUUAUGGUCAAUCAUUAAAAAGAUGUUUACCUGGGUUUCAUUAAUUAAACCCUCUAAGAUAUUUUCCAUUUUAUUGUUAAACCCUUGAUGUUAGCAAGGGUCAGCACAAGAAAAGGCCCAGUGGUGAGAAUAUCUACAAAUUCUGUAAAUCUUACUGAAUUAAUUGUGUUGUUGAGUGGUGCUUGUAUAAGAAAACAUGCAAUAAAUUCAUUCAACAAACAUUGAA